AUGCCACCGACGACGACAGCGACUGGUAGAACUCAUGCAGGUGGAAUCCAACCCUCAGCCUCGUUUUUUCGUCCGUCCAGGCCGAAUCAAGAGAACCAAUAUUUACCCCAGAGAAACGUCUUCCCAUUAGAAAACAUUCCCAAGCGCGAUUCGGAUUCCUCUGAACACAAUGGAAGCAAGGUCUUCAACCUCCGUCGUGGGAUGUCAGUGGACAAUGGCGAAGACAGCAUCACACAAGAAUUUGAUGACGAUGACCCCACCAGCAGUAAACUGCAUGAAGAAGAAGCGAUAGAUAUUGGGAGGUACAAACCCUCUUCACCUUCCACAUCCCAGAAUCAUAACGAGCUUUCUAUCUCUCGGGCACGUCGUCGAGAUCGUCGAAGGUCGUCAUUCACAGAUGGUUCAUCAUCGUUUGUGCCUGCUGGUUCCCCGUUCAUGACAUCUCUUGCCAACACCCUCAAGAUCAAUCCCAAGACGAACAAACCAUACCGGAAUCACGAAUUGCAUCCUUCCAGAAACCGCUUCUUUUGUCACGGAAGGUUGCUUACAGGGGGCGACAGCCCCUGGGCUUUUAUAUUCUGCUUCGGCAUCGUCUUAGCCAUCUGCGGACUGUGGUUUGGUACAACUUGUCCAUGGUACUGGUCGAAUUUAGGAGGAGGGAAAGCGAUUGUCAUUAUAGGUGCUUAUCUGGCCGCAGUUGUAAUAACAAGUAUGUUAACCACGGCAACUAUGGAUCCUGGAAUAUUACCCCGGGAUCUAGACCCCGACCCACCGUACCCGACCACUUCUCCCUCAGAUGGGGGCGUGCGUGCACCUAUGCCGAGGGAUUUAAAGGUCCGGUCAGACGUGGUCCGAGUGAAGUAUUGUCCAACGUGUAAAACAUACAGGCCGCCAAGAUCGAGUCAUUGUAAAAUGUGCGACAACUGUAUAGACGGUUGCGACCACCACUGCCAGUGGGUGAACAACUGUAUUGGGAAGAGAAAUUAUACCACAUUCUUCUUCCUGCUCUUAGCCGGUACCAUGUCGUUGAUAUUAAUCAUCACUACGAGCGCCCUUCAUAUCUUUCUUCUCACAGACAGGGAAGGAAUGGAUUUUCGUCAGGCGAUUGGUAGAAGCGAUGGCGCUGGUAGUGCGGCCGCCUUUGUCAUGAGUGUUUUGGUGUUUUGGCCCGUCGCCGCAUUAUUUUCGUAUCAUAUCAGACUGGUACUUUUGAACAUCACCACCAUUGAACAGAUCCGAAAUCAGGCUCAUAAAACACUCGUACCUGGGCCUGCACCCCCGAAUCCUUUCUCGCACGGGACGUGGAGAAGGAACAUGAUGGCGGUGUUGUGUCGACCGACAGGAUAUUCGUGGCUUGAUCCUUCUGGGAUCGCAACGGAGGACAAGAGGGAGGUUAACCCGGGUUUGUCAGGUGGGGGUGUUCCUGGUAGACGUUGA